AAACUGUCAAAACCGCUGUCCGAGAUUGAAAGAACGGAAAGGAAAGACCCGGUUGGUUGAACUCGGAAUACACAAAUUUGGAAGUCGUGUUUAAAGUUUGAGGAAUAAUGUCUGCGAUAAUAUCGACGAACGAGUUUCAGGCAGUGGUGUUUGCAGCAGGAAAAGGCAGUCGAUUUCCAGAGAUACUCGAAGGGCGGCCAAAAUGCCUUCUUCCCAUCGGAUCCUAUCCCCUGAUUUGGUAUCCACUGAAGUUGCUGCAAAGACACGGAUUUCAAGACGUUAUUAUUAUUGUUCUCGAGCACGAAAAAUUCGAAAUCCAGCAAAAAAUAGAGAAGCAUCCUCUCAAGCUGAAAAUCGAAUACUUCAGUCUUUCUGGAGAUUCAGAUGUCGGUACAGCGGAUGCCCUACGCCAAAUAUCGGACAGGAUCAAAACUGACGUGGUACUUCUGUCGUGUGACACACUCGUCGAUUUCAGUCUGUAUCCGGCCCUGAAGCAAUUUCGCGAGCAAAAUGCUUCCCUUGUUGGGCUGCUCGUUCAAAGCGAAAUCAGCAACGUCGUCGUACCGGGUCCGAAAAUGAAAUAUAAAUCCGACCAGGAUCUGUUCGGGAUUUGUCCCGAGUCGAGCCGGUUGGUGUUCAUGGGCUCAGUGAGUGACUUUGAAAACGAUUUUCAAAUACCGGGUCAUUUGUUACGCCAAAACGGUGAAAUUGAUAUCCGCAGCGGAUUGCUGGAUGCCCAUGUGUAUAUCGUAAAGAAAUGGAUAGUAGAUUACCUUGAAUUAAAUGCAAAUUUUUCUACUUUAAAAGGAGAACUGCUGCCGUUUAUUGUUAAGAAGCAGUUGAGUUCAUUCUCACAUCCUCAAGGACUAUCAGAGAAACCAAUUUCUGAAAUAAAUGUAGACGUCAAAGGGAAGCAUAUACUAGAGUUCGCGCCCGAAAGCUCCCUUGACACGAAAAUUCAGGAUUCUUCCAUCUUUAACAAAGUAGCUUCUACACUAAAUGAUGUUAUUCGAUGCUAUGCGGUGGUCACGCCCCCAAAAUCGUUUGGAAUAAGAAUCAAUACGCUCCCAUCUUUUUGCUACGCCAAUCAACAGAUUUACAAUAUAUUUCCUGCUCUCACGGAACUUCCUGUCACUGCCCUGGUUGCUACCAAUUGUGUUGUGAAAUCGAAUCAGAUAGCAUCAACUGCUAUAGGGGAUCAAUCUGUUAUAUCGGAAAAGACGUCAAUUAAUGCCUCAACUAUUGGGGCGAACUGCGUUAUCAGCCCUAAGGUACGGUUAACCAACUGUACGCUAAUGGACCAUGUUAUUGUCGAGGAAAAUGUGACCCUUGAGAACUGCAUUGUUUGUGAGAAAUCGAUUAUAAAAUCAAAUUCAUUACUUCGAAAUAGUUUGAUCGGAUCCAAUUACACUGUGCCUGUCAAUACAAAAAAGGAUAAUGUCCACCUGUCGAACAGCGCUGGAUUCAUGGAGAUAUAAUUAUUGCAUUGCGGAUUCAAAUAGAAUAAACAGAACGAUUAAAGUUUUUAUUAACAA